AUGGUACAGACGCAAUUCUGUAAGAAGGUCAAGUUCGUGCGACACGACGGAGCUCGCGAGUUUGCAACCAACUCGCUUCAACUGUUCUACGAAGACGAAGGCAUUGAACAGCAGACAACGGUGCCGUAUGCACAUCAAACAAACGGAACAGCAGAGCGUGCCAUUAGGACUAUUGUCACGAUCGGCCGCAGCAUGCUUCAUCAUGCCAAACUGGACAAGUGUUUCUGGGCCGAAGCAGCGAUGACGGCCAUCUACGUCAAGAAUCGACUGCCGUCACCUAAAGUCGUGCACAAGACCCCGUUUGAGAUCGUCUACAACUUGAAACCAAGCGUCAAGCACAUGCGAACAUUCGGGUGUCAGACAUACAUACUGACGCCUAAAGAGAAUCGACUCAAGUGGGAUCCAAAGGCUCGCGCUGGCAUAUUCGUGGUCUACGAAGAAGUUUCGAAGGCAUAUCGUGUUUAUGACAUCGAGGCGGGGCAGGUGGUUAUCAGCCGCGAUGUCAACUUCGACGAGUCCACCUUUGGACUUCAACUGCCGAUCACUGAUGAAGAUGUCGAUGACCUGGACUUCGAAUUGCUGGAUCUUGAUGACGAAGAGCUGCGUCAAAUGGAGUACAAGCAAACAGGCAAGCGCAAGAACCGACUCAAUGAUGAAGAUACAGCAGCUCCACGACCGCGUGCAGUGCGUCAACGACCAGGACUAGAAGAGUCAAGCGCGCCGGAAAACAACUCGUCACGACAAGAAGAAGACGAAGAAACGAAGGAUUCUGGUGAUUCAACACCGCCUGUGUUUUGGCGUGCGAGUGCAAAUGCCGUUGAAGCAGCAGUGGACUUAUUAGAACCCUCAACAUUUGAAGCAGCAGUAAGCGGCCCUGACCAAGUGCACUGGAGAAAAGCAAUUCAUGCAGAGCUCGAGUCAAUGCGACUUCGCGGUGUGUUUCGUGCAGCCAAGCUGCCCAACGGACAACGCGCCAUUGGCACAAAAUGGGUGUUCAAGAUCAAGCGCAAGGCGGAUGGGUCAAUCGAGAAGUACAAGGCACGACUUGUGGCCAAGGGUUUCCGCCAAAAGUAUGGCAUCGACUACACGGAGACGUUUUCGCCUGUGGUCAAGUAUGUGACGCUGCGAAUGGUGAUCGCAAUUUCCAAUAACUUUGGAUGGCCCAUCGACCAGCUUGAUGUGGUGACAGCUUUCCUGUAUGGCGUCAUGAAGGAACAAGUGUUCUGCGUGAUUCCUGAAGGCGUCGAACUUGACAGUACGUUCGACUGCCUGGAAUUGGUGAAGUCAAUUUACGGCCUCAAGCAAGCGUCGCGAGUGUGGAACGAGACGUUCGACGAGUAUGUGUGCUCCAUCGGAUUUCAAGUAUCGGACUUCGACCCAUGUCUCUACAUCAAGACUUCGGACGUGUUGACGGUCAUCGGUCUUCUACCAGUAUUGGUAACCGUGACCGAUCCAAUCCGAACCGCCUGUUCAGCUUAG